UGGUGGUCUCAGUCUGCUGAGCGCUCUGUCGCUGUGACGCACUCUUCACCCGGGUUGGCCACCAACACUUUUGCUCUUUUGCUCACGCAUUUUUUGCAAAGAAAUAUCUGUUCCUGUUGAGAAUGACCUGAGAGACAUCAACCGACGGCUGUGAGUGGGUGCGUAAACGCCGGCUUGUGCACAACCGAGAGGCGCAGGUGGAUGGAUGGAUUGCUGGAUGGAUGGAUGGAUGGAUAGAUAGAUCUCAACGAUGGACUUGAUAUGAGGAGGACCUUAUCUUUCCAGAAAUGUCUCCUUUCAGCUGAGACGUGACAACUUCCUCGUACGCCCGCCAACUUAACCCUCAGCAGCUAUGGCGCUGGAUCAAUGGUCCUUCCUCUCAUCUCCGCCCAACAUGACCAUCCCCGAACCCCUGCUGUACGACAGCUUCCUCCAGGGCAACGAGUCCGGCCUGGACCUGAACCUGACAGUCGAGACAAGGGAGCCCCACCAGGACAAGACCAGCUCAGUCGUCAUCACCUUCAUCUACUUUGUCGUUUGCGGCGUGGGGCUCUGUGGCAACGCCCUGGUAAUCUACGUCAUUCUGCGCUACGCCAAAAUGAAGACGGUGACCAACAUAUACAUCCUCAACCUGGCGGUGGCAGACGUGCUGUGCAUGAUGAGCCUGCCGUUCAUCGCCUUGCAGCUGGCGCUGGUGCAUUGGCCCUUUGGCGAGGUGCUGUGCAGGGUGAUCAUGACUGUGGAUUCGCUCAAUCAGUUCACCAGCAUCUUUUGCCUCAUGGUAAUGAGCAUCGAUCGAUACUUGGCCGUGGUUCACCCUAUUAGGUCGACAAAAUGGCGGAAGCCCCGCGUAGCCAAGUUCAUCAACCUGACAGUGUGGGGUGUGUCGCUGUUAGUCAUCCUACCUACGAUGAUUUUCAGCGGUCUGGACAAGGUGCCGGUAUGCAGCAUCAUUUGGCCCGAGCCCCAGGAUGUCUAUUACACCGCCUUCAUAUUUUACACCUUCUUCAUUGGAUUCUUCCUACCCCUGGCUGUCAUCUGCAUGUGCUACCUGCUAAUCAUAGUCAAGGUGAAAUCGUCAGGCAUGCGUGUGGGUUCAACCAAGCGCAAGCGUUCAGAGCGCAAGGUGACGCGGAUGGUUUCCAUCGUCGUCGCUGUCUUUGUCCUCUGCUGGCUGCCCUUCUACAUUUUCAACGUCACGUCGGUCACCAGCUCCAUCAACCCCACGUCGGCCGUCAAGAGCACCUUCGAUUUUGUGGUGGUGCUGGGCUACGCCAACAGCUGCGCCAACCCCAUCCUCUACGCCUUCCUGUCGGACAACUUCAAGAAGAGUUUCCAGAAGGUCCUGUGCCUGAAAAUGGUGACGGGCCUGGAUGAGAUCGAACGGAGCGACAGCAGGGCGGACAGGAGCCGGAUGGUUAACAACGCCUUGAUCAUCAACGCCAACUUGGAGGCUCACAACACGGCGUUGCUCAACGGCGAGCUUCAAACCAGCAUUUGAGGGCCAAGGUCCAGAAGAGGAACCACUUGAGAUGGUCACUACUGCAGUGGGGUGACGUAAUAGCUGACCCUGUGGACUUGGGCACAUGAAAUAACGGAAAUCUAAACAAUUUCCCAACAGAGGCCAGAGAAGGUACACUGAACCCAGCUCAUGACUGUUUGAGCAGAUGAGGCAACUUGAUCCGGUUGACCCCCGAGCGCAGAAUAACACACAGAAAGCCUGUUGACUGACAUCAAACAUUAGUUGCACCGACGCUUACGUCAUUAACUCAAUGCCAGAGUGGAAACUAGACCCAGUCAGGCUUGUAUUGGAGAGUUGGUCUCUGAAUGUGCUGAUAGACGGGCGACUAUAGCUUAAUGGUGUGUGUGUGUGUGUGUGUGUGUGUGGGAGGGGAGAUGUUUGGAAUCCCAAAGUCAUUAGGCGCUGUUUUCAUUAAACGGGAGACGUGCUGAGAAAGCCAAACUUUUCAGUGGAAGACAGCCAGCGACUCUCAAAAGAUAAACCCGAAAACCACAAAAAAACAAAUAAAAAAGGUUUUGAUGGUAAUGAUCUGUUUAGAAGAGCAGCAGAGUAACUAAUGGCAAACUACUCACGUGUUUAUUUCCCAACAAUAAAAGACAUUGGCGGCUGGCCGGGCGAUGCCGCACUGAUCCGUAAAUUCUUCAAUGGCCGGGUGGCGAAACAAAUUGGCAGCGGCGACGACCCCGCUUGAUUGAAAACAGUUUGGUCGUGUAAAUAGGAACAUGCUUUCCGCUAACCUGGCACAUGUGCAAACACGCAGGUUGGCCGACCAAAAAGGUCAGCGAACUCGUUGAUUGUUUUUAGGAACCUCUCACUAUGUCUUUUUUCUGGAACCCUUGCCACUGUACAAGUUUAUCAUCCGUAUCCAUAUCUUUAAUAGGUGUUGACGAUAAUUAGGUUAAAUCAAGGUCGCCACUCUUGGCACGCCAUCAUAGUCAAUGUGACCAUGAGUCUCCUUUUAGAUAAACAUUUUACACUGCAAGACACUCUAAUUUUCCUUGUGGCCCAGUUAAUAUAUAUUAAAUUGGCUUUGGUCUGAAAAUUUCGUACAUUUUGCUCCACAGCUGCAGUUACAAGCCAUAUUGUCUGCAAGAUGCCAAAGACAUGCACCUGGGGAUAGGUUGAUUGGCAACACUAAAAUGGUCCCUAGUGUGUGAAUGGGAGUGUGACUGUUGUCUGUCUAUCUGUGUUGGCCCUGUGAUGAGGUGGCGACUUGUCCAGGGUGUACCCCGCCUCCCACCCGAAUGCAGCUGAGAUAGGCUCCAGCACCCCCUGCGACCCCAAAAAAGGGACAAGCGGUAGAAAAUGGAUGGAUGGCUGUUCAGGAGGCCUUUCUCAGACUGCAAAUGAAACCAAGCCCCUCUCCAGAAUUAUCAUAAUGUAUCUUCUUUUUUUUUUUUU